AACCCCGCGAAACUUUGACACAACACAGGACACUGGAAAGCAGGGAGCGUUACCCUUGUGGAAAGGAAAUAUAUAUUAAGUUUCAUUUUGUGUUGACCCUGAUCUGCUAAUAAACUUGAAUAAAUCAUAGAAUUGCUUAAAUAAUUGUAUGUAAGGAAACUGGAUUGCUAAAUGUUGGGCAGAUUUGAGGAAUAUGGCUACUAAAUGUAUAUCCAUACAAAGUGAGAGUAAUACAGGAACAAGAAAAACAAGAAUUCUGCGACCUGCAACUACAAACCAGACAGACGUUUCUGUACCCACAUUAUCUCCAGUAACUCCUUCUGAUUCACAUUUCCAUAGAAAUAUAACAUCUUCCACUCCUGCAUCAUCUGAAACUCUCCAAGAAAACAACACAAGAAAGCAACCAAAGCCACAGGUGAAACGGAAGUUAGAUUUAGAACAUAAGUCAAUUUUGCACCAGCAACAACCUCAAGGGUCGAUUAUAUACUCUGCCUUUAAAGCUCCUGCGAAAGUAUCAGCAGUGAGAAACGUACGUCCUACAAACAUUAUCAGAAAACAAAGAGCCAGAUCAAUGCCACAACCAAUUGCACCUGCCAUAGGUAUGCCUGGAGUGAAAACAGAGAGUCUUAAAUCAUCGCUUAAAUCGCCAGCGUGUGAAAAAAGAUAUGAAACUUCAUUGGGCAUUCUUACAAAAAGAUUUGUGUCACUACUACGAAAUUCUGUGAAUGGGAUUCUGGACUUAAACAAUGCUGCAGAACUCUUAGAUGUACAAAAGCGCAGAAUUUAUGAUAUAACCAAUGUUUUGGAAGGAAUCGGAGUGAUCGAAAAGAAUUCUAAGAAUAACAUAAAAUGGGUAGGUGCCAAGCAUCUGGAACGUGUAUCAGAGCCUGACGAGAGUCGAGACGAAACUCUGCUGGCAACAAAUCUUGUCAAUCUUCAUCAUGAUAUUGAGGAUUUGAAACUGUCUGAAAGUCGACUGGAUGAAUUGAUUGCGGAAUGUCAACAGGAGAUGAAGCAAUGCAGUGCAGCAAAGCAUAUAAACAGGCAUUCCUAUGUAACAUAUCAAGACAUACGUGGUAUUCAAGAUUUUAAUGAUAAAACAGUGAUCGCUAUAAAAGCACCACCUGAAACGAAAUUGGAGGUUCCAGAUCCAGCCGAGUCAAUACAAAUAUGGUUGAAAAGUUCCAAUGGGCCAAUCGAUGUUUACCUUUGUCCAGAAAGUAACAAAGAAAAUCAUAUCCCCAGCAGCACGCAGGAUGAUUCCAACUUUUCAGAUACCAGUUCCACAACUACAUCGUCACCACUACACACGACAGAGCUUCCCUCUCUUGACAGUCUGAGUCAAAGUUCGGGAUGUUUUGAGGAUGAAUCUCAAGAUCUCCACUGCUUAAACAAUAUCCCAACAUUGUCCUCCGUGAACACAUACACUCCAAAAUUCAAAGUGGAGCAGGAUGAACUGGUGUACGAUGCAAGAUCGGACUUCUCAAUAUCACCGCUCAUACCGUUAGAACCAAACUUCAAACCGGAAGAUUAUUUAUUUUCGUUGGACAGCAAUGAAGGGCUGACAGAUCUCUUUGAUGUUGACACUUUUUUGUGACGCUUCGGACAAAUUAACUUAUACUCAAAAUAAAUCUGAAAUUGUUCCUUGUUUUUUUUUUCAAGCUUCGGUUUCAUAGUUUUAGCCAUACUUUAAGUAUAUCUUCAGUGUCUUCACGGAAUGACAGGAUUGCUACUCCUCAAAAUUCUUCAAUUUUAAACAUUCUACUCCUUAUGUCGACUCAAUAUUGAAAAGUUUCAAUCUCCUCAAAUCUCCUUUAGAUUUUCGACAACCUUCCUAAAUUUCCUUAAUUUAAUUUUUAGCACAUGUUGCUAUUAAAAAUGCUCCAUGGAUACAGCAAAAGUUUGUUCUUCACCCAUUCACCUCUAAAAUCUCUUAAAUUUCUUUGUAAAAUCAUGAAAAUCUCCUCAACUUUUAUUUUGGAAAAUACCAUAAUCUUUAAAAGGUGAAGAGUUCUCAUCAAAUCUCAUAUUCGAUAUAAAAGCAACCCUGAAUAAGUUACCAAUACUUACCAAUGUUGCCAUUUAGUUCAUUCUCUGUCAAUUUGAAAUAUAUUUACAUGUAAAGAUCGAGGCUAAGCAAGCUGAAGCUUUUAAUUAUAACUGUAAAAACGACUUCAUGAAGAUGAAAAACAAAUUAUUCUUGUUUUUUAUUUAAUAUCUUCAUAGCAUAGAUUUUUUUUCAUCCUUUCUUUGUAUCAUAUUGUAAAUGUUGGAAUGAAACCACACACAGAAGAAGAAGCUCCUCUUUUAUUUGUAUAUUUUUAAAACAUUAUUUUAGUUAUUUUUUUUAUUUUCCAUUUCAAAGCAAACGUUCUUACCAAUUGUCAACGAAACGCGUACAUAAUUUAGCUUGGUUGUGACACAUACACUAUCCCAUUUGCAGAGAAACGUACUUCCUCAUUUUUUAACACACAUUCAGUAGUCGUAACUUAACCUAAAUUGUGAUGGUGUGGGUAGUAAAGAUUCUAAACUUCUAUUUGACAGCCUAAAAUACUGAGAUUUGUAUUCAAAUGUUUUUUCAUUUCCACAAUUUGUGAAAUGUAUGACAUUUUUAUUUGUAUAUUUAAAUUAUAAUGUAUUAAUACAAGAAUCUCUGUAUGUAAAAAGUUUUUUUUUAUUUCCUUUGAUGCAUUACCAUGAAAUUUAUGCAAUUGAUUAAAAUAUACACAAAACACCAA